GGACAUCAUCAAGCUUUUUGAAAGCAUGAGGGAUCGAGAAGAAGUCUUAUAAUUUUUAAGGAUCCUUAUCACUAUUUUCUGUUUUAUGAUUUUGUCCUCUAUUUAUUUCAGAUGUUGCCACUUUGAUAUAUUGAUCAUUUAGUAUAUCUAUCGUCUAUAUGUUGAUCAUUGUUGGUACUAAAUUACGUGUUAUUGUGAAUAAAUUUACACCCUUUUGAAAAUUUUGAAUACCCAUGCCUCAAAUCCUGGGCCCGCCCCCAACCCCUGACGCGACACGUUGCGGCUGCUGCACGGUUCUCCGCGGCGCCAUUAGGCCCUCACUGCUCUAGUUUUAGUGCUCUGCUUCUCUAUUCUCUGUUAGGCCAUACUUAUCGAGCAAGGUGAAUCCAGCAGUGGUGCAGGCACAAUCAGUUGCCAAGGAGUUUCUGUCGGCCCCUGGACUGCAGCAGCAAUGAAGAUACUGAAAGCAAAUGCAGGGUCACUUACAAACUUUGAAGUUCUUGACUUCUUGCGAUCAAGAGGAGCCAAAGUUGACCCUAUGGGAUGCUUGGGGGUUGUUGCUGCAUCAGAGUGUAAGGUAUAUGAGUACCUCUUACAAACCCCUGCUUGCAACCAGACAAGGGAAUCAAUCUAUGAAUUUGUGAAGAGAAGUGAGGGUUUCAGGCUUGCGGAUGCUGAUAAGCUAAAUGUCAUCAAUUGGAGACCAUCCUCAGCUGCUGAUGCAUACGCGAUGAUAGAAGAAUGCGGGAGGCGAUUUAACAGGGAUGAGCGAGGAGAAACAUGCGAUGAAGAUGAACGGGUCCAGGAAUUUUUGGAUAUGGUGAAGGAGGUUUUGCCACCACCCCCUCCGAAGGCGGAGGCCGAGGCCGAGGCCGAGGCUGCGGCUGAGGCUGGGCCUGGGGCGGAGGCCGAGGCCGAGGCUGAGGCAAUGCAGGAGUGAUUGUGGCGUAGAUUACUGUGUUGGAGAGUCCGAUUGCAUGAAAUCCUGGUGCUAAAUUCUGCAUGUAGCUCAUAUGCAUAUACAUGUUCUUUACUAAUAUUAUAGGCAGCUCCUGUAUUCGGACUUACCUUUGACUUGUCAGUCUUCUCAACGUACUACUAUCUGACUAAUUUCUAAUGAAGUCUUGCUCGGUGAAACAUGAUUCAGAACA